UCCUCUCUCUCUGUCUCUCUCAAAAGGAUAACACAGCUCACUUCUUGACGGAUUAUCUCUUGAUCAUUUCCUACAUUUGAUGAAGCUGAUGUUGUAGGGGUGUUGUUUUCCGUCUCACCCCUCCAGCAUCGGCCCAUCCGCCCAUCUGGGUCGGUCCGGAUAUCCGCGGGUUUGAAUUCUUUUCAUGGGUGGUUUUAGUGGCCGGUCAUGGGUUGCAUCAGCUCCAAGAAGGCAGGCUCCGAAUCACCUCCAUUUGCUGCCCGUUCCUCCUCAGGCCGCCGCAGCAGCAGCAGCAAUGGGCAGGGCCGCUUGACUUCCGGUUCCCUGUUGCAGGUCGGCCCGUUGGAGAAGAUAAAGGAGGAGCCAGAGAAGGAGGCUGGGGUGGAGGAUGAGAAUGAGGAGUCCGUCAAGAAAAAGAAUCGUUUCGCCAGCCACUCCGGGAAUUUGAGGGCCUUGAAGAGAGGCUCCUCUCAUAAAAGGUCUGUUUUUAGCUUUAAAUUCGGGAGGUUGACGGAGGGUGAGCACGUUGCCGCCGGCUGGCCGGCCUGGCUCUCCGCCGUGGCUGGGGAAGCCAUCGAAGGAUGGGUGCCGUUGAGAUCAGACUCAUUCGAAAGAUUAGAGAAGAUCGGACAAGGCACGUACAGCGAUGUUUACCGUGCACGUCAGGUGGAAACCGGCAAAAUCUUUGCUGUGAAGAAGGUACGGUUCGACAACUUUCAGCCAGAGAGUGUAAGAUUCAUGGCACGCGAAAUUCUGAUUCUGCGCAGGCUCGAUCAUCCAAACAUCAUGAAGCUGGAGGGUAUAAUUACUUCUCGAUUGUCAUGUCACAUAUACCUCGUUUUCGAGUACAUGGAACAUGAUCUUGCCGGGCUGCUGUCGUGUCCCGACAUCAAAUUCACAGACUCACAGAUCAAAUGCUAUAUGCGACAGCUAUUGAGCGGAGUCGAACAUUGCCACUCACGAGGUAUACUGCAUAGGGAUAUUAAAACGUCCAACAUCUUGGUAAACAACGAAGGGAUAUUGAAAAUAGCGGAUUUUGGGCUCGCGAAUUUCCUCAAAACCAAGAACAAACAACCUUUGACUAGCCGUGUGGUGACUCUGUGGUACCGUCCUCCUGAACUCCUCCUGGGGUCAACAAGUUAUGGGGAGGCCGUCGACCUGUGGAGCGUAGGCUGCGUUUUUGCUGAACUCUUCAUUGGAAGGCCUAUACUUAAGGGCAGAACUGAGGUCGAACAGUUGCAUAAGAUCUUCAAGCUUUGCGGUUCUCCACCGGAAGAUUACUGGAAAAGGUCGAAACUUCCUCUAGCUAACAUGUUCAAGCCGCAGCAUCCUUAUGAAAGUACACUGCGAGAAAGGUGUAAAGAGUUUCCCAAAAGUGCAGUAAGCCUUAUAGAAACAUUUCUCUCUAUCGAACCUUACAACCGCGGGACUGCUGCUUCUGCUCUCGACUCUAAGUAUUUCACUACAAAACCAUUUGCGUGCGAUCCAGCAAGCCUGCCUAAGUACCCACCGAACAAAGAGAUCGAUGCUAAGUACCGUGAAGAAGCAAGAAGGAAGAGGACUUCCGCAGCACAGACACAAGGAGGUUCAAGAAAUCCAAGGAGAGUCCGGAAAACUUUGCAAGAAUCAACGGACUUCUUUAAAGUUGUCCCGAAGGAGGAGGCUGAGGGCAAGCAGUUAGUCUCUCGUAGGAGCCACGGAGGGAGUACGAAUGCAUAUAGGAGGAGGAGUGGCCUCGCUUCUCGGACAUCGUUGAAGCAAUCCUAUGAUACCGUGUCCGAGGCCUCUCAAUUGACACAGGAAUCUCAAGGAUCCCUCGUAUCCACCACCCGUUCGGUCCCUGUGGAGGCUUCAGAAUCGAACGGCUCUGCAUGGGCUAAAAGGCAAAUGCAGAGAGAAGCAUACACAAGAUUGCACGGUCCUCAUACUUCAAGAGGUCAAAAAUACAAUGCAUUGGAACCACCCAAUGUGUUGCAUGCAACCGAAUCAUCGGACUCGGACGAGCACGAAGUCGAUGAUCCCUCAGGAGGGGUCCAAAGAAACCAGGCUCCAAAGCGCACUGUACGUUGGGAAGCAGAUCGGGUGCAUGAGCCCGACGACUCUUUUCAUCUGUCCGAUGUAUACGAGCCUCACGACUUAUACAUGGAUAACGGAAACAAGAAGAAGAAAGGCAGAGUUGUCUUCUCAGGGCCGUUGAUAUAUCAGUCUCAGGAAUCAACUUCAGGACAGCACGACGAACACCGUCAACCUCUUAACAGAUCCCGCUUCGCCAAAGAUUCAUGACUCUAAGGUUGUAAGAGCGACCGAUCAUUUGUAACGAAGCAACGUUCGUGAGGUUUCAACGAGCUCUUGUUUUUUUCUGGCGUCGUCUAACAAUAUAUCUGGCAGAUGUACGAAGAAUUUAGAGUGAAAAAGAGUGCUAAAAGACAGUAGUACUGACUGCAUGGAUCGAUCAUCAGCAUAUCAGCUAAAGCUACUAGCAAGACAUACAUGUUUGAUUUGAAGUCUUCAAGUUUCCAACUUCACUCGUUGUAUAGAAUUAGUCCCAAGACCAGACCUACCAAUUCUUUCUUUAUUUGUUCUUGAUUUGAAGUUAUCUUACGUUUGUAUGUUAUGAAUGCCUGUGCUUUUUCAUCAUGUUCUAGUCGUGACUAAAAUAUAUUUUGAUUUUGGAGUUUUUUUGUCAUUGAUUAAUGUAAGAUCUUUUAAGUAUGAUGUUUGUAA